UAGCUCUUGUACACGCAUUUUGUAGCUUCUCUCAACUUUGAAUGACAGACAUGAACAGAUGAGCACAUGUACAUGUUUAUCUUUCGUAUCCGAAGCUAAUUCAUCGCUUCUUUACGUCUUUAGCCGUGAACGCAUUUGUAGCUAACGUGGCUAAUGCUAACCGGCUGCCCGCUAAUCCUGUCAGAGAGCAGAGGUGAAAGUUAGUGUUUACUUAACAUCGGUCAAAUAAUGUCACCCAGUCAGAUGUUAUAGUCUUAUGUAGAUGAACAUACAGCAGAAUGAGGGUUUUCCUUGGUGCUAAAACACGGCAGCUGCUCAGCAGAGUCUUCAGUCCGCCAGCAGCAGUGCGAUGGCGAGCAGCUCAGACCAGACUCCUCUGCAGCUCUUCACCAGAUGACGAAAAGCCCAGACCGUCCAUGCUGCGCCACCUGACCUCCAAAAUAAAAGCCACAGGUCCUAUUCCAGUGGCCGAGUACAUGAGGGAGGUGCUCACCAACCCUGUGACGGGUUAUUAUGUGAGGAACAACAUGCUGGGACCGGAGGGAGAUUUCAUCACAUCACCAGAAAUCAGUCAGAUAUUCGGAGAGCUGCUCGGCGUGUGGAUCGUCAGCGAGUGGAUGGGAGCAGGAGGACCCAGACAGCUGCAGCUGGUCGAGCUCGGACCUGGAAAAGGAUCGUUGGCCAGCGACGUCCUCAGAGUGUUCGGUCAGCUGAGGUCAAUGCUGGGUCAGGUCUCCGUGUCGCUCCACCUGGUCGAGGUGAGUCCGGCGCUGAGUCAGCUGCAGGCCCAGAACCUGACCGGGACCCGCAGCCAGGAGGCGGAGGCCGAGGACGAGCCGGUGUACCGCCGCGGCGAGACUGCAGCCGGUCUGCCGGUGUCCUGGUACCGCCGCUUAGACGACGUCCCCCCAGGUUUCAGCAUCUUUCUGGCUCACGAGUUCUUCGACGCUCUGCCCGUCCACAAGUUUCAGAGGACGGAGAAAGGCUGGAGGGAGGUGAUGGUGGACAUCGACCCGGAGAAGCCGGACCAGCUGAGGUUCGUCAUAACGCCGUCUCCCACCCUGGCCUCGUCCACGCUCGUACAGGCAGAUGAACGGCGGGAUCAUGUGGAGGUGUGUGCGGAGGGCGGGGUCAUCGUCCAGCAGCUGGCCCGGCGGAUCGUAGAGCACGGAGGAGCGGCGCUGAUCGCCGACUACGGCCACGAUGGAACCAAGACGGACACGUUCAGAGGUUUUAAAGGUCACCAGCUCCAUCACGUCCUGGCCUCCCCCGGCUCGGCUGACCUCACCGCUGACGUGGACUUCAGCUACCUGCGGAGGAUGGCUGGAGAGGGCGUGGCCUGUCUGGGACCUGUCACUCAGAGGACGUUCCUGAAGAACAUGGGCAUCGACACACGAAUGCAAGUUCUGCUGAGGAACUGCAGCGACCCGUCCACCAGGAAGCAGCUGAUCAGCAGCUACGACAUGCUGACCAACCCCGCCAAGAUGGGCGAGCGCUUCCACUUCUUCAGCCUGCUGCACCACAGCCGCCUCGCCAAACCCAAGAGGACGGAGGGGCUGAAGCUGGAGAAGAAGAGCCCGGCGCCGCUGCCGGUGGGCGGGUUCACCGAGCUCAGCUUCUCCUGAGGGACCUUCAUCAGAGACGUCUGGAGAACUGGAAACUUGUCUGGUGAAGUGAGGCGGCUGGGACGGACAUUGAGGGAAGACUGAGGAUCAUGUCCUGAGACAAACUGUUUUUACAGCUGAUAUUUAAACAUGUACAUUAUACAACAGGUGGACGACGCCGUCUCUCUCUUUAAUUUAAAGAACAGGAAGUAAAAUGUUGCAGCAGUCGAGCAGGUUUUCUGUCCGACAUGAUUUGAAGUAAAAGUAUGUAAGUAGUACGUAAGUUCUCCUGAAGUCAGUUGUAAAAGUAUUUUGAAGUAAAAAAGUAAGAAAAUA